AUUCAUCCUCAUGUUGCUACUUUGUCUGUGUCAAGAAAUGUAGUGGGAAAAAGGUCUUCUACUUUUGCCUCGACUAAGUAAUUUUUUUGACAAAAAUAAAAACGCAAACGGGUUGCAGGACAUUCUUAAAAUUGCGCAGAUGCUUGUAUUGCUAGCUUUGAGUGAGAGUGAUUUCGAUUUCCUCUAUUCUUUCAGAUACAUUUUUCUUUAGUGUAGCUGUUGUUGAAAAGAAAAAUAUGUUGGAAAUAUUUCUUCCUGAUUCUGACCUUUUGUCUUCGUGCCUUAAUACCUUUUGAUGUAAGACAAUCUACUUCGACACGGCUGAAAUCAGAAUUAUGGCGGGGACCGUUACUCUUCAUCGACUGGUGGUGUUCGCGGACAGCAAUGCCGCGGCGCUUGCAGUCAUCACGAAGCGCGAGUGAGGAUAAAAAUUCGUCUGCAGCAUGGAAGGUCGUUUUCGUGUAGUCGGAAUCCGGCACUCUCUGCGUCUGCCUUCCUGCGUCUGCUAAAAGUGGGAAUGAACCAGUAGCUGCGAGGGCGAGAGCUACAACGUCAUAAUGAAGUGACAUGCGGAAACGGUCACUGAGUAGCAGACGAUCUCCACCGCGGCUCGUAGAGGACGACUGUGACGAGGACGGGUUUAGCAAGAAUACUGCACAUCUUCAAGUGGAAGAUGGCGACCUCAACGCAGCAUCCGCGUGUCUAUCACCUGUCGACGCCGUCCAAGGACUCCAAUGUCUCGACAACGGACGCGCCGACUGAACCAGCAUGGUCAACGAACCGGCAAGCACUGCAUUGGAAGUCUCUACACGAAGCUGCGCAGGCUGAAUUGAACCAAGAACGGCAGAGACGGGCAGAGGAGCUGGCAGGCAUAAGACAGAAGGAGGAGAAAUGGAACACCGAGAAAAACGCACUUUUGGAGUACUUUUUCUUUCUUGAAUGAAAGGUGGUUUCUGGUUCUGGAUACUAGUAGGAUCAUUCAAUAUAUUUACCAUAAGCGUAACUAACAAUUACUUUUUCCUUUGAUGUUUCAUUUGUCAUUUAUUUGUGAAAGUGAACCCGAUGAGAAUCUAUGCACAGCCAUAAUUUAGCGUGCUAAAAUUUCUCGGUUUCACAAGGUAUAUUGAGGAGACGAGGCGUCGUGGAGGUAGUGGCAGUGGUGUGGGGAGUUCCAGUCAACAUGGCGGGGAGCACGGGUCUGCAGCAGGAGGUGGCUCGGACAACAAGUUGGUGGACGAGUUGCGGGCCUCGCUGGCGCACGCAGAGCAGCAACGGCGAAUGCUCGAAGAAACCUGUGAGUCCCGGAUCGCUGACGCCAUGACGCGCCAAGACCAGGCUAUAACGCGCGAAGCCGUUGCGCGCCAGACUGCCGAAGCAUGGCAGCAAGAGGCUGAAGCGCUCCGUGCGCAAGUGCAAGAAGCGAUGCGCGAGCGCGAAUCGAUCCUGCAGCAACGUGAAGAGGAUCGACGAAGACAGGAGCAGCAACUUGUCGCCAUCCGCAGUGAGGAGCACUCUAGGACCGGCAGCGAGGCGCGUUUAAGGGACGAGCGAGCGGCAUUGCAGGAACAAAGCGUCGCGCUAGAACGAAAAAUCGAAGAGGACAAAUCGCUGUUAGACGACUGCCGCAAUCAAUUAGCAAGGCAACAGACUGCCCUUGUGGAAAUGCAACGGAAACUCGCAAGCCGGAAAGAAGAACUCGCCAAAGUCAAUGACCGCAGUGAUCUGCUGACGCAAGAGAACGAACUACUCAGGCAACAGCUCGAUCACAGCUGUACCAAGGAAGCGAGUGCGGUAUUGUGAUUUUUUUUGAAAACCAAGUUCAUUAGGUGGUCCAAAAAAUCUUCACGUUCCUCUUUGUCUUUGUACUCUUGUUCUUGAUUAUGAUUUCCAUGUUGUUGGGCUGUAAAGUAGAAGGAGGUACGAGCAGUAUUUCUACAGUAGAUGAUCAUCUUGAUCCUUGUUACACUUACUAGUAUAAAUACAACAAGCACAUCAUUACUAUGAAUACAACAGAGCGAGUUGAUGGCUUUACGGGAGACCUUCGCCGCCCGUGAAAAGCAGCUCCGAGAAGAAUUCGCCCAACAGCACAGUCUCUCUCAGAACACGAUCGCAGCCAUGCGUCGCAAACUUUCCGAUUUGAAGGGGUCGACUAUGGUAUCGCACUCCGGAGAGCAGCUUUUGUCGGAUUUGCGACAACGGGAGGAAACGAUUGUGGGCUUGCUCAGGCCUGUCAUCUCGUCUUAAGGGUAGGUUAAAGGUGCUUUUCUUACCGCUUUUUAUGCCUCUCCUAAGGGAGAAAGGCAUAAAAAGCGGGGUAAGCUGCAAGCACCAAAAACCUACCUCUAAUCGUCAGUGACCUCCUCAGUGACGUCAGCCGACGAUCCAGUGGCCUUAGUCCGACAGUUACUCCAGCUUGUCAAAAUCGAGGAUGACGAAGCAGAAGUAGUAGAUCGAAGUCGGAUGACACAUCACGACGAACACCAGCACCACGACCAAGGAGAAGCACGUGCGAAUGCGUCGAACACGACGAACAAGAACAAGAACUACGAUACACAGGCAGGAGUUGCUAGAAAUCAAAGUCAGCAUCAUCAGGAGGUCGCUGCGACUGGAGUAGGCGGAUAUACACCUGCAUCGUCUUACUACUCCACAGGAGGAGGAGCUUUCAAUUCAUUUUCUGAAAGAACGCCAAAUCAUCAGCGGCCUCAUAUAGCCCUUUCUUCAGACCACAAUCGGCGUCCGGUUGUUAUCGAAGUCGCCCGUCCACGGCAUCCUGAUGAAUUCGGCCCAAGAAGUACAACUAUUACAAUGAAUAGAAGUAAUACAACGGGCGCAGGAGGAACAUCAUCAGCUCCUUCGGCUUGUUCUGCGUCAGCAUCUGCUGGCACAACUAGAAGACGAGAAGAUCAUCAAAUUCAACAUCAUGCUGGACCUGAACCUGCUGGAGUAGAAGAUCCUAAUUUUUUAAGGCGUAGUCGAGACUGGAGAGACGAAAGUUUCACUUCGACAUUUUCCGUUCCCGGCGUCUUGCAGAAUGGCGGCGCAUCCGGCUCUAGGCAUCAGCAGCAUAGCCGUGAUCUAAGAGCAACUGCCGGUCUCUAUGCUUCAAGUUCGACGAGCCAACACCAGCCUACACAUCCACCUCCCCUGAACGAUAUUUCGUGUUUGAGUGCCCCCUCGCGACCUCCACGUCCCCCAGCACAUGAAGAGGGAAAUCCGAAUCACACACUCACACGGACACCUCGACGAGGAGGUCUCGGCAGUACAAUUGAGCCACUUUCAAGCCGUGUAGAAGGGAUGAACAACGGGGGCAGACGAAGCGGCACGCGGCCUCCAUCGUCUUCCAGUGGAACAAGAGAUCACCAACAUGUUGAUCCUCACAGAAGAAGCGACGACCACAAUAACAACUAUACUCACCACCACCACGACAACUACAACAACAGUUACAACUCCUCCUAUAACGACAGCCACCUCCAGCACCAAGAAGAUGCACACAACACCAGUAGGAGGAGUAAUGGCAAUUCCCCGCACUGCAACGGCCCGCCAUCUCUGUCCGGAGCAAGAAGAAAUGUUAAUGCAGAACAACAGGGGCAAAGAACUCCUCGACCGGCGUCGUUACCGGGUUUCACGCCACGCCAGCCUCCACGAAUGGUGGUGGAUUCACCGCGGGCACGGAGAGAGCAGAGCCCAGCAAGAGAAACGCCGGAUGUUUCCUCCGUUCCUUCAUUGUUAAGACUGGAUCUGGAGUAGAUGUAUGAAAUAUGCACGUCCAACUGAUGUACGUCGUCCAAAGAUUUACUCUACUAACUUAGACGAGAAGGACUUUAAUGCACUUCCUGGUGCAUCGUCAUGAUCUCUAUCACACGUGCAUCAUGUGGUCAAUCUAAUAUGCAUUGUAUCAAAUCGUACAUUUUUUACAUCUUUGUUCUAGAGUAGAAAUAAAGCUCCUGCUACUAGUAGAGGUAGUUGUAGAAUCUAGAGUCCUUCUAACAUGAGGCGGCGGCGGUGAAUUGUCGAACAAGAUCAGCGUGGUGCGCAAGCAGUUUGCCUCGAUUCGACGAGCUCUAGAUCGAAAAAAGGACUCAGCGCA